AUGAUGACUGGUUCCAAAACAGUAUCUGCGGCCACUGGAGAUGUGAUGCCCAUCGGAAUUGCCAUGGAGCAACCAGCCAGCCUAGCUGUAGAUGCAACCAUCAAAAAUCGAGAUUCCAGUGAUUUUGAUUCGUCUCCAGGAGAUCAGAAUGAUGGCGUCGACGGAGCCGAACUUCACAGUCCCGAUUUGGAACUAGCCGAACAAAUCCCCCAAGAUGGCUCAGAGUCUACAGCAAAGACGGAUUUGGAACCUAAUCUUGAUCUGAUAUCGAAACUUAUUAUACCCGCAGUCAAAACAGCAAAAUCCGUGGAAUGGGCUGCAAAAGAUGAAAAUCACUAUCCAGAGGAGUACCCAGAGUGUGCUAGUCAAUCAUCCAUAGGCAGCAGCCCGGAUAGUAGCGGCCGUAUUACUGCGUCGACUUCGGCAGAUUAUAAAGAUGAAAUGGAAAUGGCCCAGCAGCAAGCAGACUAUCUGAAACGAAAACGAGUAUUUAUUGGGUGUGCUGCUGGACUCUUGGCCUUCAAUAGUGGAUUUCUGAAUGGCGCUACUCUUUCCGGUUUGGCUUCGCCUGGAUCAAAGUUCCCUGCCUUGACUGUCACAGGUGUGACAGCAUCCUUCACCUUUGCUGGACUAACCUUGUCCCAAGGGUGGUUCGAAGCGUAUGGAGUCCACGUUGGGAUUAUUCUUAGCUACUUUGUUGGAUGCUUAAUUGCUGGUCUGGCCACGCCUGAUCCAAAGCCAUAUCGAUUGGAGCCAACCUAUGGACCUACUUUCAUUCUGGGAGGAAUCUUUUUGCUGAUUGGAGGUAUCAUUGCCAGUGUUCUGGAAGAUUAUGGUGUAGUUGCUUAUUGGUUCUCUGCUGCGGCUUCUGGCAUUCAAAAUGGUAUCGCUUCACGUUAUUCUUCCAACCUGAUUCGAUGUACAGUUACUGGAACUACUACUGAUAUUGCCCUGAUAUUGGCGCAACUCAUCCGAGGCAAGGAAGCCAACGUCGACCAUGGCAUUGUUCUAUCUAUCAUCACCUUCAAUUUCUGGUUUGGAGGAGCCAUUUCCUUUUUUGCUGCUGAAAGAUUCUUGAAAUACACACUGCUGGCAAAUGCGGUCUUGUUCUGGAUGAUCGGGCUCGGAAUCAUCUUUUUCUUGGUCUCUGAGCUUGGACUUUCUGUCAAUGCUGCUGUUUCUGGCAAUUGGAAAUGGCGCAAGACAAUGCAAAGUUUGCGACAGGCGUCUGAAAAAGGUCACGUAUCCUUGGUGGAUAUGUUUGAUAUCAUUGAUAAGAACCAGAAUGGCGAAGUCAGUCCCGAAGAUCUCUUGGAUGGCCUCUUGCAAGCAGGUGUCAAGACCAAUCUCCGAACUGUCCGUGUCUUGGUCAGUUAUGCUGAUGCCAAUAACAAUGGUACCAUUGAUCGAGACGAGUGGGUGACAGUUGUGGAGCGGAUCAUGGAAGGUGCGCCUACCACAUCUGGUAGGCGUGGAAGUGUCGCCACUAGAAUAACCGAUGCUGCGAACAAGAUUGAAGAGGGUGCCAUCUGA